AUGACAGGAGGUGAGAAAGCACCUACAGUAAAGGACGUUGCUCAUCAACAAAAACUUGAUGGAGAACGUUUAUCAGUCUUCGAAAAAGAUGUCUCAGACAUCAAGAUCAAGAUCACUUCAAUAGAAGAACACUUGAGUUCUCAGUUUACUACGAUUUGUAGACACCUUCGUAUUUCAAUACCUCCAGAUCCAGGUGCUUCUGCUGAAACUAACGAUGUUCAUCAACAAACGGAAUCUGAGUUUUCUUCUGGUAUGAUACUUCCUUCAGGUAGAUUAGCUUCGAUUCAUAUGGAUGAUAAGGAUGAUGCCUGGUUUUUGGAUUAUCAAGAGGGUAAACUAUUUAUAGAUUGGGGUAUGUUUUCUUCUGAUCUUUGUUUUCGAUUUGAAGAUGUUGCUUAUGAUAACUAUGUUGGUAGGUUCAAUAAAUUGUCUCAGACCACUACAGUAGAAGAAUACUUUGAGAGAUAUGAGUCUUUGAAGGCUAUUAUGAAAAAUAAGAAUCCAAGCUUAUGUGAGGAUUAUUUCACUAUGAGUUUUAUUAGUGGAUUAAAAGACGAAAUUAGUAACCCUGUUCAGAUGUUCAAACCCAAUUCUGAUUCGGAGGCUUUAUAUUUAGCUCGUUUACAACAAUCUUCAGUUGAUUCUCAUCUGAAAAGAUCUAAACCAUUUCAUCGACCCUUUACACCAUCAUCGAGCUCUUUUUCACCAUCAUCUAGCUACAAACCCUCACUAACACCACUCACCAAUCUUCAUAAACCAUCUUUUUCAUUUGAUAAACCAAUCAUUACACACCAUCUUAACCCAACCAAGCUUGAACCAUCAUUACCUCCAAUAAAACAUCUUAUACCUGCUCAAAUUCAAGCAAGACGUGACAAAGGCUUAUGUUAUAACUGUGAUGUUUUUUACAAGCCGGGUCAUCGUUGUAAAACUCAACAACUAUUCAUGUUAGUUGCCUCUGAUGAGGACAACUCCUCUCCACCUAUUGAUGACUCAGAAGAAGAAGCGGCUUCUCCUACAACUUCAGGAGACACUACUAUGGAAAUUUUUCUCCAUGCCUUGACUGGUUUGAUGAAUCAGAGUACUAUUAGAGUCCCUGGUAAACUCAAUAAACAUGAUAUUUUUAUCUUGAUAGAUACAGGGAGUACUCAUAGUUUUUUAGAUGCAAAACUAGCCAAAAAAUUACAGAUUCACUUGGUUCCAACUGGUAAAAUGCUAGUAACAGUGGCAAAUGGUGACAAAACUGUCAGUGAAGGUGUUUGUGAAGAUUUACAGUGGUCUAUGCAAGGGUAUCACUUUUCUGCAAAUCUGAGAGUACUUCCAUUAGGUGGGAAUGAUAUGGUGUUAGGUGUUGAUUGGUUAAAAAAGUUAGGAGAUGUCAUGUUCAAUCUGGAUGAACUCAAAGUUUCAUUUCACCAUCAUGGGAAGCUCAUUACAUUACAAGGGCACUCACUCAAUCCUUCUUGCAGUUUUCUUAGUGGUGAAUAUUUCUUCAAAUUCAUUAAGAACAACACUCCCUCCCUCGUUGGUCAGUUUUUCUCCAUUUCUGCUACCCAUCUCACUCAUACACCUCCAGAAAUUACUUCUUUACUUCAAGAAUAUGCAUAUGUGUUUGCUGAGCCAUCUACUCUCCCUCCACCAAGAGAGUUAGAUCACAAAAUUCCUUUAAAACCAUCUUCUCCACCUAUUUCUCAAAGAUCUUAUAGAUGCCCCUACAUACAAAAAGCAGUAAUAGAGCAGCUGGUUCAAGAAAUGUUGGAUACUGGGCUUAUACAGGUGCAAAUCAUGACUUAUGAGCAGCAAAAUAUAAAAUAUCUAAUAUAUAGAUUCCGAGUAUUAGACCGAGUUUUGGAGAUUUCCAAGUCCGAACUUAUUGCUCCUCGAUCCAAGUUCCCCAACCGAGUAGGACCGAGGAACGAUUUCAACUACUUUGGUGUGGACUAUAGGAAACUUAAUGACAUGACCAUUAAGGAAAAGUUUCUAAUUCCACUAAUUGAGGAGUUACUAGAUGAACUCAAUGAGGCUAACAUAUUCAUUAAAUUGGACCUGAGAUCUGGUUACCACCAGUUUAGGAUGCACAUUCAAGAUAUUUACAAAACUGCAUUCAGAACCCACCAUGGGCAUUUUGAGUUCAAGGUGAUGCCAUUUGGUCUCACCAAUGCCCCUGCCACAUUUUAA